AGCCGAAGACAUGGCAUUUGGUUUUAGUCAGAUAAGAACUUCUGUCGCAUUACACUUAAACUUUGCAUCUUGCACCUUACAUUUCCUAUUCUCUCCCUCACCAGAGCUUUCUGCAGAUUCACACCACCCUGACUGUAUGCAGUCGGCCGUUUCCAGCAACAACGACCAAACCAUAGCAAAUCGGCUCGCACGGGUUGUUGAACUGAUUACGUAUUUAGCCAACCGCACCCCAGGUAUUCAUCAGCGACAAUAUCACAAUCCUACCGUGUGACAAAAGGGCGUUGUGACCAAUCGUAGAAUCAAAGGUCUCAAUUGGCAAUUGUUCUCACCAUGGGCCCCAAUUAUGAGGUCAAGGCCUACAUCGACCAACUAGCCACGCCGCCGCCUCCAGGUUCCCCCUAUGCUGUGCCAAUCCCUGGCACCGAAUCAGAGGGCCGCACCCCAAUCUACCGCCACUGGCGCUUCAAGGAUGGACCCCUUCUAGAAACCUACGUGCCCGAAAUUCGCACCUUCCACGACCUCUUCCAGGACUCAGUCAAGCGAUUCCCCAGCAACAAAUGCCUGGGCUCUCGCCCGUGGAAUCCGAUCACGAAAGGCUGGGAAAACAAGUAUGAGUGGCUGACAUACUCUGAGGUCGCUGAGCGGACCCAGAACUUUGGGUCCGGUAUUGUCGAGCUACAUCAAAGAAUUGGAGUUACGGACCACAAGUAUGGCGUGGGUUUGUGGUGUCAGAACCGUGCGGAAUGGCAAAUAGCCGAUAUUGCCAUGGUCUCGCAGUCUCUUUAUUCCGUUUCUCUAUACGAGACAUUGGGACCGGACGCCUCUGAAUAUAUCAUUAAGCACGCGGGGCUUGCUUGUGUUAUCACCUCGUUGCCGCAUAUUCCUACGCUGCUUGCGCUUGCACCUCGAGUUCCUCACCUCAAGCUGAUUGUAUGUGUGGACUCCCUCGAUGUCGGCGAGCCAGAGGGAUACACCAAAUUGGAUUUGUUGAACGGCAUCGCGGCGAAGCACGGUGUUCAGAUCUGGUCGAUGGAGGGUGUCGAAACAUUAGGCAAGAAGACGGGACACCCAGCGCGUCCUCCCGGUCCAGAUGAUAUCAUCACCGUCAACUACACCUCCGGCACGACAGGCGACCCGAAAGGUGUAGUGUUGACCCACAGGAACUGCCUGGCUGCCGUGAGCGCUUCCCGCACAGGUGGACAUUCAACACACAAGGAUACGGCAAUGUCGUAUAUGCCCCUGGCUCACAUUUACGGGCGCAUGGCAGACCAAACAGCACUGGCCGAAGGCGCCGCCCUCGGCUUCUUCCAUGGGAAUAUACUGGAACUCGUGGAUGAUUUGAAAAUUCUGAAGCCAUCGGGCUUUGUCUCAGUUCCUCGUCUGUACAACCGCUUCAAUGCUGGAAUCAAGUCUCAGACGCUCGACGCGCCGGGCUUGAAGGGUGCGCUGUCACGGAGAGUCAUUGAAACCAAGAAGGCCAACAUGAAGUUGCCGAACGGCAAGGCGAACAACUCGCAUUUGCUUUAUGAUCGCAUAUGGACUCCUAAGGUGAAGGCUGCCGUUGGGUUGGAACGCUGUCACUCCAUGGUCAGCGGCAGUGCGCAGUUAGAUCCUGACGUCCAGGAAUUUCUUCGGGCUGCAUUCGGCAACUACUUCACACAGGGCUACGGCUUGACUGAGACAUACGCUGUUGCAUCUUUCCAGGCACGCGGUGACUUCAGCACGGGGAAUAUUGGUGGUCCCUGUACUGGCGUGGAAAUCUGCUUGGAAUCACAACCCGAGCUUGAAUACCUUGUGACGGACAAACCACGACCGCGUGGGGAGCUCUGCUUGCGAGGACCCGUCGUGUUCAGGGAAUACUACAAGAACGAGGAGGAGACGGCCAAGGCGAUUGACUCACAGGGAUGGUUCCACACGGGCGACAUUGCCGAGAUCGACGAGCUGGGCCGCAUCAAGAUUGUUGAUCGGAAGAAGAACGUGCUUAAGCUGUCACAGGGCGAGUACAUUUCACCUGAACGCAUUGAGAACGUCUUCAUGGGCAGCUCAAACCUUGUCACUCUGGCCUAUGUGCACGGCGACCCCAGCCAAUCGACGCUGGUUGGAAUCUUUGGUAUUGAUCCCCUCACGUUUGCGCCAUUCGCCAGCAAGGUCUUGAAGAAGUCGGUCGCCCCUGAGGACUUGGCUGCAGUUCAGGUGGCAGCGCGAGACCCGCGGGUGGUCAAAGCUUUCUUGAAGCACCUCGACACCAUAUCAAAGAGCCACAAGUUCAACGGCUACGAACGAGUAAGAAACGCCGUGCUGGAACUGGAACCUUUUUCCAUCGAAAACGAGUUGUUGACUCCUACCCUAAAACUGAAGAGACCCCAAACCGCCAGGAAGUUCAGGGCCCAAAUUGAUCGUAUGUACGCUGAGAUCAAUGCGGACAACCCGAUCAGGGCGAGGCUGUGAUUUGGGAAGGAUACUUUCGGGCGGGAUCUAUCUCCGAGGAAUAUAGACAAAGGUAAUCAUGUAUUACUAGAAGCUACUUCUGCAGCUACCAAGCAAGUAGUAUGGCUCUGUAAAGCAUUGUAGCCCUGCUAAGCAGUUAUCAGGCGAAUAUUUUGCGUGCAUGGAAGAACUAUUUUUGUGCUCUGUUGUAGGUCCCACGCCUAAAUACGCCAUAAGCUAUUUCGAGAAUAUUACGGAAGAAUCAGGCAUGAGUCGAGCUAUUAAAUCAGGGUAGAAUUAGAAAAAUAUGAAACUGAACUUGCC